UCACUAUUCACUCAAUCAGUGAGCUCUGACGCACACACACUAAAUGGACUCACCUCACAAAACCCUCACAGAACACACGCCUAACACUCACGCUCACGCACCACUAACUGACGCCAUUCACGCACCUCACACCACUCACUCACGCACCUGAAUACCCUAAUCUCCUAACCAAUUUUGGGGAUCCUUCUACACAGACCCAGAUUGGUAGCUGAGACCCUCAUCUUCUUCCCUCUUCAUCCUCCCAAAAACUUUCGAACACUGCAACCCAGGCACGAAAUCCCUCUCCAUUUUCCCUUUUUCCUUGGCUCAACCCCAUUCAUAGGCUUCCAUUUUCUCUUUCCUUUCCCACGAGACACUUCACCUCUGCUACUUCCGCCUCAACUCCGCCAGCCGCGGCCACUGGCAUUUACCGCCAAACUCUCACGAAUCAAGCUUGAAGACAAGAUUCUCUGCACGUUUUGCAUUUCUCUCUCGUUCACGGAGUAUCGAAGGGGGUUGACCGCACCUGAGCCCUAAACAACCAUUGGUCGUUAGUGCCUUCGAGAUUUGUAUCAUGCACAUCCAUUGAUGACAAGGGCCUUAUGGGAGAAUCAAACAGUCUUGUUUCUUAGGGUUUAUAGCACGGUGUUACUUCACUGAAACAGUGUUGCGUGCAUCGUUUUUGCGGGUAGCAUCGAUUGAUGAGGAGUCUGGGAAGUAUUCGGAGCUAUGCAAAGCAUCUUCGCUUAGAUGGGGUGAAGGAUACUAUAGCCAUUGCAUCUGGCAAAGGUGGUGUGGGAAAGUCAACUACUGCUGUUAAUUUGGCAGUUGCACUUGCGAGAAAGUGUCAGCUCAAGGUUGGUUUGCUUGAUGUCGAUGUGUAUGGACCCAGCAUUCCCACAAUGAUGAACAUCAAUACAAAGCCUGAAGUCACUCAUGAUAAGAAAAUGAUUCCAAUUGAAAAUUAUGGGGUCAAAUGUAUGUCAAUAGGGUUCCUUGUGGAUAAGGAUGCCCCGAUUGUCUGGAGAGGUCCCAUGGUGUCAAAUGCCCUUGAGAAAAUGACAAGGGGAGUUGACUGGGGUAAACUUGACAUUCUAGUAAUGGAUAUGCCUCCCGGCACUGGUGAUGUCCAGAUAGCUAUGUCUCAAAAUCUGCAAUUAUCAGGUGCACUCAUUGUUUCAACUCCCCAAGAUGUUGCAUUAAUGGAUGCCAGGAGGGGCGUAAAAAUGUUCAAUAAAGUUGAUGUUCCGAUUUUGGGUAUUGUGGAAAACAUGAGCUGCUUUAAGUGUCCACAUUGUGGCCAACCUUCAUACAUAUUUGGUAAAGGAGGGGCUCAUGGGACAGCCUCCGAAAUGGGAUUAGAAUUUUUAGGCGAGAUACCACUAGAAGUGGAUGUCAGAGAAGCUUGUGAUCAGGGGCACCCUAUAGUGUUAGCUGCACCUGAUUCAGUAGUUUCGAAAGCGUAUGGCGAGAUAGCUGAAAAACUUGCUCAGAAACUCAAGGAACAACAAUUCCAUCCAGAGAUAAUUCUGUGAAAUGCGUUUAUUCAAAAAACAAUGAACUAAUUACCCUCAUUUUUAAUCCGGGUUUUGACUUCUAAAUUUUGUCAAAAGUGUGGUAUAAAUUAUAGACCCGACACCAGAUUAUAGUUAGAACUGUUGGAAAAUUAUAACAUAGUUAGAGAAUCAUUUUGUAAUGCACCGAGAAUCUGUAAUUCUUGACCAAGCAUUUGUGGUGGUUUCUACUCAAUCAAGUGUGCCGAAAGCUUCUGAACAUCUCACAGCGGAUAAUGUACCGAUGAAUAUUGGAAAGAAUAUGAGGUAUUUUUUGGGUUCAAAUAUGUGGUGGAUUUGAUAUACUAUUACAACGAGCCGUCAUAGCGGUCACCUGCAUUUAUAAUAAGCUUUGUUUAAAUGA